AGCUCAAUACUCCUCGGACCUGCCCAGUACAUUAUGUCAGCUGUCAAUGACACCAAAUUCAGCUCUGCAGUGUUCCUUCUCAGUGGGAUACCUGGGCAGGAAGAUGUUCAUCUCUGGAUCUCUAUCCCUUUCUGCUUAAUGUAUGUCAUUUCAAUAGUAGGGAAUUCAGUCAUUCUGUUCAUUAUAAAAACAGAUCCAAGCCUCAAUGAGCCCAUGUACAUUUUCCUUUCCAUGUUGGCCAUCACAGACCUUGACUUAUCGAUAGCCACCAUGCCGACAAUACUGGGUAUAUACUUGUUUAAUUCUAGGGAGAUCAGCCUCGAUGCUUGUUUCGCCCAGCUGUUCUUCAUCCACUUUUUUCAAUGUACUGAAUCCUCUGUGCUCUUGUUGAUGGCCUUUGACCGCUUCAUUGCAAUUCGUGACCCGCUGAGAUAUGCCUCUAUCUUAACCCCACAGAGAAUAGCCAAGAUGGGACUGUUGUGUGUUCUAAGAGGGUUGGCUGUAGUAGUCCCACUCCCCCUUCUCCUGAAACGGUUCCAGUACUGUCAAGCCAAUGUCCUCUCCCAUUCCCACUGCCUGCACCACGACGUCAUGAAGAUGGCUUGUUCGGAUAUCAGAGUCAACAGCAUCUAUGGCUUGUCUGCUAAGCUCUUAACUAUGGGGUUGGACUCACAGCUCAUUUUCCUCUCUUAUGUAAUGAUCCUCAAAACAGUGCUGAGAAUCGCUUCUCACGCAGAGUGCCUCAGGGCCCUGAACACGUGUGUCUCCCACCUGUGUGCUGUCCUGCUCUUCUACACACCAGAGAUCGGUGUGUCUCUGUUAUACAGAUUUGGGAAGGGCUCUUCUCCCUUACUUCAAAUUCUCUUGGGCUAUGUCUCCCUGCUGGUUCCGCCCCUGAUGAAUCCAAUAGUUUACAGUAUGAAAUGUAAACACCUCCGUGUGAGGAUAAUCAGGGCAUUCUUCAAGUGA